CCCCAGGAGAGGUUCUUCUCCAGCCGCUGCUGCGCUCACCCUCUCCCACUCAGCUCCUCUAAGGACGGCGUUCUUUCCCCCAGGGAAGCGAGAGGCUAUGAUGGAGCAUCUUCUGUACCAGAAGCACAGCAAGAGCCUGAUUGAGGACGAGGUCUACCCCCCGCUGGAGCCCAUGGAGUCCCUCUCCACCACCCGCCGGGACUAUAAGCAGGAAGGCUUCCUUUCUGUGCCCCCGCCCCCCACCCAGGUAAGGGCCCCUUCGUGCCAGAGCAGCAGCCAGGCCCCAUUGCCUCCCUCACCCGGACCCACCCAGAAAGCUCCUGGGGGCCAUGUGACUUUUUCCUCCCCGCAGCCCCACGACUACUGGCUGGAGCAACCACAGACAUUCUGGCUCGAACAUGCCCAGCAGGUGCCGGGCACCUCCAGCAUCCGGACUGGCGACACCCCUUUCAAGAAGUGUGCCACAUUCACAACACCUGUCCCCGAACACCUUGGCCAGCCGCUGCCGUACGACUCGGAGAACUGUCCCAAGCUGUAGAAACAGGCUUGCCGCCAUCCGGGC